AUUUCUCUCUUCUUUUUCCCCUUACGGUUCUCGUUUUCUUGACUUUUCUGAUUUUAUAGUUUUCUGUAAUUUCCUUAAUUUGAUCCAUUACUAGCUAUUUCUUUCUAUCUUUAACUGUUUACUGUCAAUCCAGUUUAUUCUCUCUCUCGGUUGCUUUAACAUUUGGGUUUCAUAGGAUUUGACGUUGAGAACGUAAUUUUGGUUUCUGAAAUUGAAAUUCGGAGAUGAGUCAGAAAGGUUUAAUAUAUAGUUUUGUUGCAAAAGGAACAAUUGUUUUAGCAGAACACACAUCAUAUUCAGGGAACUUUAGUACCAUUGCUGUUCAGUGCCUACAGAAGCUACCGUCAAAUAGCAACAAGUACACAUAUUCAUGUGAUGGUCACACAUUUAAUUUCCUCAUUGACAGUGGCUUCGUUUUUCUUGUAGUUGCAGAUGAAUCUGCUGGGAGGAGUGUCCCUUUUGUAUUCCUAGAACGGGUGAAGGAUGAUUUUAAGCAACGAUAUGGUGCUAGUAUAACAGAUGGUGGUUCUCAUCCCCUUGCUGACGAUGACGAUGACGAUGAUUUAUUUGAGGACCGAUUUAGCAUUGCGUACAAUCUUGACAGAGAAUUUGGGCCUAGGCUUAAGGAGCACAUGCAAUAUUGUAUGAAUCACCCAGAAGAAAUAAGCAAGAUUGCCAAAUUAAAGGCUCAAAUAACUGAAGUGAAAGGGAUCAUGAUGGACAACAUUGAGAAGGUGUGUUUUUUCUCUUAAAUAAUGGUACUGGCA